CUGGGGACCCUGGAGCUGCCAGUCCUCCAGAGACCCUUCCCCUUCUUUCCUCCUUCCGGGGGCGGAGGCAGGGACCCGUAGUGGAACUCGUGGCUUUCCUAGCCUCAGUUUCCCUCCCCCACCUGCCUCUAGACGCUGCGCCGGCUGUGACAGUGAGUGUGAUGAGCUCUCCUGGCCCCGGCCUGUCAGUGACAAAGGAUGGGUCCGGCUGCAUCAAAGUCACCAAGUACUUUCUCUUCCUCUUCAACCUGCUUUUCUUUAUCUUGGGAGCCACGAUGCUCGGGUUUGGAAUAUGGAUUCUGGCGGACAGAAGCAGCUUCAUCUCUAUUCUGCAGACCUCAAGCAUCCUGAAGAUUGGGGCAUACAUCUUCAUCGGGGUUGGGGCCGUGACCAUGAUCAUGGGCUUCCUGGGUUGUGUUGGUGCAAUCAAUGAGAUCCGAUGCCUAUUGGGGCUGUACUUUGCUGCCCUCCUUCUGAUCCUUGUGGGCCAGGUGACAACUGGAAUCCUUGUCUACGUCCACUCAGAUGUGGUGAAGGAGGAUGUGAGCACCAUAGUGAAUGAUCUGAUUUUGAAUUAUGACCCUGAGAACCAUGAACAGAAAACUAUUCAGGAUGCUUGGGAUUAUGUACAAUCACAGGUGAUGUGCUGUGGCUGGACCAGCUACCUUAACUGGACAGCUAACGUCAACCUCAUGAACAGGACGGUGGUCACCUACCCUUGUUCCUGCAGCAACGCUUCCUUAUUUGAUGUAAAUGAGGAGGACUUGAUUAGGAAUGGCUUCUGCACGCUCUCCAAUGAUACCCAGGUCAACGAUCCUGAGAAAUGGCCUGUUUACACCAAUGGUUGCAAGGACAGAGUGCAGAAAUGGCUGUGGGACAAUCUCGGCAUCAUUCUCGGAAUCUGCAUUGGAGUGGCUGUCAUUGAGCUCCUGGGGAUGAUACUGUCCAUCUGCCUGUGCCGGCAUGUCCACUCAGAAGACUACAGCAAGGUGCCCAAGUACUGAGGUGGCCCUGACUGCCUUCUGCCCCACCCUCCUGCUGUGCAGGGCUCCGGACAUUCUUGCUUUCUUGGGAGCCCCUGAAGCUCCCAGCAAAUCAUAUCCCAGCCCCCUUCCUCAUUUGUGGCCUUCCCCCAAAUCCGAAGGCUCCAGACCCCAGGCUCCUUCUAUGGGCCUUGUCUGAAGAAACUCCCCUUGCUCCUCCUGGCCUGAUCCCUUCCUGCCUGGUCUCUUAGACAACCGCUUGGAAAGGUUUUGUCUUCCCAUUCUGGAUGGAGAUGAAAAGUCGACCUGUGUCUUUUAUCUCUCUAUCCCCCUUUGACUCUCAGCUUUGUCCUUUCCCAUGUCCCCUUUCUCCCUUACUGCCUUUCAGGAUUUUCUUAUUGAUACAAAGAAAUUAUUUCCUUCACACUCCUAACCAGCCACAGUUUGGCAUGGGUUAUUCAGAGGAAUGGGCAGCCCCUUUUCCUUCCCACAGGCUAUACUGAAGUCCCACUGCCUUCCUCCUUCUCCCUGGAGGGACCAUGAAAUAGGGCUUGUGGCUAGGGGCUGCCAAAGGGCCAUGUCCAGCUCUCUUACUUACGACUCUUGGAAGGACAGGCUAACUUUUCUACAAUAUGACCCUACUGUUAAGGUCCUAGCCUAUCAUUUAAGGCCCCCUGCUCAGUGCCUAGAGGCUAAGGUUACCACCUGACACCACCUGAGUGUCACCAUUACGCUGACUCAGCUGGAAGAUGUGCCAUUGGCCAAGACCUGGUACAAACCCAGCGGGGGUCACAGCUGUGUGAUCAGGGCUAGGCCGGGCAGCCAAGAAGGUUUACCCACCUGGUGCUGCUGAAUAACAGGUCUUACCAAUCUAGCACCCCAGCCACAAGAAUGAGAGGGAGAGGGAGAAAUCUGCCUUCCUUCUAUGGGCUCCAAAUAGGGGGCACCUGGGAAGACAGCAGUGGCUGGUUAUGAGUGUGAACAUAUAUGUAUGUGUGUAUGGGGAGGGAGGGGUGGACCUUGGGUCCCAAAAGCAAAAUUAGCCUGAAGUUUCUAUAAGUCGUAGCUUCCUGGGGAAGCAGGAAAUAAAUUGGCUUCCUUCUCUAAGAAGCUAGGUCCCUUUUUCAGGUGGCAACUUCCCAGAGAGGAGGCCCAGUGCCUUGGGGUAGAGGUAGGUGUUGGGAAGUUCCUCAUGUACAGACCUGAGAAGCUCAGAACUAGACAAAGAGUAGACAGCUCAGAAAUAAAGUAGAUUUGUAACAAA